GUCUUCCCGUCUUCGUUCCACUCUCGCUCUGGCCAUUUCUGUUCUGUUCCCAUUAGAAUAGAACGGAGCUCGUUCAGAGCUGCGUGUUGUGUAUCUUAUUAUCCAACUGCAGUGUCGUGUGAUUCUUAAAAAGUUUACUUUUUUCAUCGACGAAAUGGGGGACAAUUCCAGAGAGAAGCUUAUAACUGCUCUCUACACAGAAUUCAAUAAGCACCAACAGAAAGGGGAAUAUGAUCGUGCUUUAAAGCCAAUCAACAAGAUUAUUCAGAUGGCCAAUGAUGAUAAAAUUGCCUUAAAAUGUAAGCUAGUCUGUUUAAUUUACUUGAAUAAAUUUGAUGAGGCCUUACAAUUUUUAAAAAAGCAAUCUGCCAUUGCGGUCUGCAUGCCUUUUGAGAAAGCCUAUUGCCUUUACCGCACAAACAAUCCACAAGAUGCCUUAAAUAUGCUGAAUGAUGUUCCCAAUCCUGACCACAGGAUCUUAGAACUGAAAGCUCAGGUGCUAUACAGGUUGGAACAGUUUGAUGAAGCUGCCAAUGUGUAUCAAAACAUAUUCCGCAAUGCACCUGAUGAUGAGUAUGAAGAAGAGAGGCAAACUAAUUUAGGAGCUGUGGUAUCAUCACUAAAUCAAAGAGAAUCUGACAAAUUUACCUCUCAAUUGCAAGAAGAAACAUAUGAGAUGUGCUAUAACAAAGCAUUGAUGUAUGUCAAACAAGAAAAUUUUGUAAAAGCAGAGAAACUAUUGAAAACUGCUGAGGUUAUGCUUAAAGAAGCAUUUGAAGAAGAUGGUGCUACUGAAGAAGAAACUGAUAUAGAAUUAGCCAAUGUUAGAGUGUUACAAGCAUUUUGCUGCCAUAAACAAGGACGCCUUAAGGAAGCCCAUCAGUUGUAUUUGGGCGUACUUAAAUUGAAGCUUGACGAUAUAGCAUUAUCUGCUGUAGCUAGUAAUAACGUAGUUGUAAUUAAUAAAGAUCAGAACGUUUUCGACUCUAAAAAGAAGAUGAAAGUGGCGACAAACGAUGCCUUGAUUCACAAGUUGCCUUCAAGCCAAAGGAAAACUAUUGCUGUAAACAAUGCUAUUUUUAAAUAUUAUUGCAAUCAGCACGAACAAAGCAAUAAACUGUGCAAUUCUCUGGUUAAAGAAUGGCCAGAUUUAGAAACUAAGUUAAAAAUUUUGAAUGCUAUUAACGAUACUAAGAUCGAUUCGAAGGCGAAUCCAGUUCAAAGCCUGAAAUCGGCUACAGCAAAUACACCUGAAGACGAGUUAGUGUUGAAGCUAACCGCCGUGCAUUUGCUUCUCACUCAGGGAAAGAAAGAGGAUGCGUGUACAAUUUUGGAAACUUUAGGAGACAAUCGCUUCAAACCUGGUAUUAUCGGUGCGCUACUGACUAUUUAUAUGCAUUUGGGUAAGGAAGACGUUGCUUUAAAGAUUUACGAGGAAGCAAUCGAGUGGUACAAAGCAAACGAGAAGAGCGGAAAAGACCUGACCUCGUUCUUCAGACAAGCUGGUGACUUCCAUAUCAGAAGUGGUAGGCCUCAAGUGGCAGCCAAGAGUUUCGAGCAGAUACUUAUAAACAACGCCAAGGAUUCGAAAACUACUGCCCAAUUAGUUAUAGCUUGCUCUCAAUUUGACAACAAUAAAGCUAUUGAGGUCAGUUCAAAGUUGGGCUCCAUCGCUGACCUAGAGAAAGACGUUGACGUAAAAAUUUUAGAAAGUAACAUUUGGCUGAACGCAAAGAAAUCUGCGACAGGGGUUACAAAUAAAACCGAAUCUCCCGGUUCAUCGGAUAAUGCACCUAAAAAGAAAAAGCACAGGAAACGCAAGGGUCCACUGCCUAAGAAUUACGAUUCCAGCGCAACGCCUGACCCUGAAAGGUGGUUACCCAAAUAUGAAAGAACCGGUUAUCGCAAGAAGAAGGAUCGUAGGGUCAAGGAAAUUAUCAAAGGUUCCCAGGGAACUGCUGCAGGACAGUCAGACCAAUUUGAUUAUACAAAAUAUGUUACCGAAGAUGACGGAGCUUCGGUUCCCGAACCAUCUCCAAUGCAAAAACUUUGGAAAAAGGGCGGAAACAAUCAGAAAAAGAAGAACAAGAGACGCUGAUCGUACUCUUUAAGGGGUUCAUUUAUUUUGGGUAAAUGGUAAUAAAACAGAUUAAGGACA